AUGCCCUGCAUGACCAUCGCACGCAACGCUGGCAUUGACGGUUCAGUUGUUGUAGCUAAAGUAGAAGAUCUCGGCCCCGAGUUUGGUUAUGAUGCCCUCAACAAUGAAUAUGUCAACAUGAUUGAGAAGGGUAUUAUCGAUCCAACCAAAGUUGUCAGGACGGCGCUCACUGACGCCAGUGGGGUAGCAUCACUGUUAACCACAGCGGAAGCCGUCAUCUGUGAGAUCCCGCAGGAGAAGGAGCCCAACCCCAUGGCCGGCAUGGGAGGCAUGGGUGGCAUGGGCGGCAUGGGGGGUAUGGGAGGUAUGAUGUAA